CCGGUAGGUAACGCUGUGCAAGAAGAGAAAUGAGAAACCUCGUCUCCAGUCCUUGCCUGGCUUGAUCUAGCAGCCUAUUUCUGGCUUGAUCAACGAGAAGAGCAGAUACUCCCUUCUCAUUCUGUAUAGCAAAUGUGCCUUUAGUUUCUCCCUCAAGAAAACAACUCAUAGCUAUCAGGCGAGGAUCUGAAAAGGAGGGAGUGCGAGGAGAGCGAAGAGAGGCACUUGUGUGAAAGGAGUAGGGCAACGAACAAGACAAAAGAGGCUGCGGCUGCAUUGAAUGUGGUGGUGUCAGUCUCGAAAACCACAUAGCAUAUAACAACCUAGCCGCAUUUGCUCUUUAUUCUGACGGUGAGAAUACACCAGGGAGGGGACCAUUUAUGAAAAGAAAAGGCGAAAUUCUACUCAUUCGAAGUGCGUAGGUAGUCGCGAGGACACUAAACAUCUAGUCGGACGGGGUGCAUCUUUACUACAUCGAGUGUUCUUUUUUGUGGGUUGGAGAAAGACCAGAACAAAGGGAGUCUUGAGCAAGGAAUGAGCGAGUUGAGACUAGCUUUGCCAUUACCGCGUCUGAAACCAGGCCAAAUGCGUCUCUAAAACCGACAAUAGAACGCCUUCUGCAUUUCUGUCCGAGACCUACAGCCCUUAAGAGAGGAAGACGAUAAAAACAAAACAAAUCGGCGCACAAAAUGUUUCCACAAAACCGACCUCCGGCACCUCUUCAGCCACCCCCUGGGUCCUCAGCAUCUGCAGCAGCAGCCUCGGGGACCCCACAGGCUCUGAAGUUGACUUACCCAGAGACCCUGGACCGCAUUAAAGAGGAGUUCCAGUUCCUUCAGACCCAGUACCACAGCCUGAAGAUGGAGUGUGAGAAACUGGCCACGGAGAAGACUGAGAUCCAGAGACACUACGUUAUGUACUAUGAGAUGUCCUACGGCCUUAACAUUGAAAUGCACAAACAGACUGAGAUCGCCAAGCGCCUGAACGUGAUCUGUGCCCAGCUCAUCCCUUUCCUGUCACAGGAGCACCAACAGCAGGUGGUCCAGGCCAUGGAACGCGCCAAGCAGGUGACUAUGGGGGAGUUAAAUGCGUCGAUAGGGGUACGUGGACUCCCCCCUCUACCUCACACACAACAGCUCCAGGCGCAGCACCUCUCUCAGCACGUGGCCCAAGGUCUGCAGGGCAUGCAAAUGGGACCCCACCCGGGGGGUCUCCCUCACCCUGGCCUGGCGCUGGGUGGAGGAUCCGGCCUGCUAGCUCUGUCUGGGGCCCUGGGGGCCCAGCUGGCUGCCAAAGAGGGCCACGAGAGGGCCCACCUGGAGGCAGCCGCCGCUGCAGCCGCUGCCGAGCACCACAGAGGCUGGCUGCGGGGGCGUGGGGCGAUGCUGCCCAUAAUGGACGUAGACCGCGAGGCUGGACCGAGCUCCAUGUCCAACGGGGAUAAAGGCCGUUCAGGAGCGGACUACCUCAGCAAUGGGAAGAAGAGGAAAGCAGAAGAGAAGGAGUUCAUGACAGACUAUGGCAGCGAUGCGGAGAAGAGUGAUGACAAUUUGGUGGUGGAUGAGGACCCCUCAUCCCCCCGCAGUGUGCACUCCUACUCAUCCAGAGAGAACGGCCUGGACAAGCUGCCCCCCUCCCGUAAAGACGCCCCACCUCAGGCCAGCCCCGCCUCCUUGGCCUCCUCCAGCAGCCAAGCCUCCCCCUCCCGCAGCAAGGACCGGGAGCCAGCAAGGGAGAAGUCCAGCACCCCAGGUAUGAAGCCAGGCACCCCCCACAGUUCCCAGGACUCCUCCACCCCCGGCCCCAGUGGGCCCCCACAGUUCCGCACCAUCCCCGGCAAGCCUGGCGUUGACCCUCUGGCCCUGGGUCUGAGGAAUCCUCUGGCGGUGCAGGGUGCGUACCCCCCAGGGGCCUUUGGCCUGCCCCCUCCGGGGGUGAACGGGGAGCUGGCAGGGGCAGCGGCAGCAGCCGCCUACGGGGCGGGGCUCCACCUGGUCUCCCCCCAGAUGAACGGCUCCGCGGCCGCUGCAGCCGCCGCCGCGUACGGGCGAUCACCGGUGGUGGGUUACGAGUCUCCUCACCCCCACAUGAGAGUCCCAGGAUUACCAGCCAGCAUGCAGUCCUCUGCUUCAGGGAAGCCUGCCUACUCUUUCCAUGUGAGCGCGGAUGGACAGAUGCAGCCGGUGCCUUUCCCUCCGGACGCCCUGCUAGGCCCGGGGAUCCCGCGGCACGCCCGUCAGAUCCACACUCUGAACCAUGGAGAGGUGGUGUGUGCUGUCACCAUCAGCACCUCCACACGCCACGUGUACACAGGGGGGAAGGGCUGUGUCAAGGUGUGGGACAUCAGCCAGCCUGGGAGCAAGAGUGCCAUGGCCCAGCUGGACUGUCUGAACAGGGAUAACUACAUCCGCUCCUGCAAACUCCUCCCCGAUGGGCGGACCCUCAUCGUUGGAGGUGAAGCCAGUACGCUGUCAAUCUGGGACUUGGCCACACCCACUCCCCGCAUCAAGGCGGAGUUGACGUCAUCUGCCCCGGCCUGCUACGCUCUGGCCAUCUCCCCCGACAACAAGGUCUGCUUUUCCUGCUGCAGCGACGGAAACAUUGUAGUCUGGGACCUGCACAACCAGACCCUGGUCAGGCAGUUCCAGGGUCACACUGAUGGGGCCAGCUGCAUUGACAUCUCCAACGAUGGGACCAAACUGUGGACGGGGGGGCUGGACAACACAGUACGCUGCUGGGACCUGAGAGAGGGCAGACAGCUGCAGCAACACGACUUCACCUCACAGAUCUUCUCCCUGGGCUACUGUCCUACAGGAGAGUGGCUGGCAGUAGGCAUGGAGAGCAGUAAUGUAGAAGUGCUACAUGUCUCUAAACCAGACAAGUACCAGCUGCACCUCCAUGAAAGCUGUGUUCUCUCACUGAAGUUUGCCUACUGUGGUAAAUGGUUUGUGAGCACAGGCAAAGAUAACCUCCUGAACGCAUGGCGGACACCUUAUGGAUCCAGCAUAUUCCAGUCAAAGGAGUCGUCCUCGGUGCUCAGCUGUGACAUUUCCCCUGACGACCAGUUCAUUGUGACUGGCUCAGGUGACAAGAAGGCCACUGUCUACGAAGUAAUCUACUGAGGGAGAGCUCUGAUUGGAUGAAGUGGGGGUUAGGCUCCCAUGGUGCACCAAUGACUGUAAAGAGAGGGAUGGACGUUGUGGAGACGAGAGACACGUUGUAUUUUGUUGUUUUGUUUACGUUUGUAAAGGAUGCAGAUGAGGGCGAAGUCAGAUCUCUGGAACUUUGACCUUUUUUCUUUUUUUUUUUUUUUUUAAAUGCUCUGAAAAAAAGCUGGUAGUCUAGCGACACAAAAUGUGGGAUUCCUCCAAAGACCUCUUUGUUUUCUUUUUUUUGUUUCCUUUUUUUAACGAAAUGAAACCUCUGUAGUAAACAAAACAUUUGCAACAAGAAAAAAACCAA